CUAGGGUUGUUUAUACGCAUGUUUAUAUUUUCGCGGGCCACAUAUGAAUCGAGAUGACCUCUACGACAGAGGCCGUAAUCCAUUUCACUUUUCCAUAUACCUCGGCGCGAUUAUGUAAUCAUCUCCCCUAUUUGCCCCUGAGGUCACGUGCGCAGCAUGGUUAGUAACCCAAAUCGGGUAAAUGUCUAUUACAGCAGGCUGGGUCUCACAGCUCCGCUCUUCAUCACCGUCAACUUCUAGACAUCACGAAGUUUCGUCAAGUUGCCUACUAUACAUUGCAGAUUUCAGUUUACCGAUGACCAACUAUUGCAAUUCUUCAACCGUAUCUUCCUCCCCGAAGCAUACGCUAGUUCGUAUCCCGUUUGAGAACCUCACACAGCACUACUCUUGGCACAGGACCAUAAAUGUACGACCGCAACAUCUAUUCAACAAGAUUGUGCCCUGGCCAAGCCGUCGAGGAGGCUACUGCAUGGAAGUCAACUCGCUAUUCCACGUUGUGCUCCUGAGUCUAGGAUAUGACGUCUACAUGGCGGGAGCCCGCGUCUAUUCCAAAGAAACCGGUAGAUACGGCGGGUUCUCACACUGUGUCAACAUCGUGACGAUCGACAACAAGAAGUAUAUGGUGGACGUAGGCUUUGGUGCAAACGGGCCUACCUUUCCUGUCCUUCUCGAAGAUGACCAACCCCAGAGACACUUUCUCGGGAGCACCACUAUGAUCCGCCUCGUAAACGAGCCUAUCCCGCAAGCUGUCGACCAGUCCCAAAAGGUAUGGGUUUAUCAACAGCGCAUUGACCCGGACCCGGAGUGGGUCCCCAGGUUCUGUUUCGUCAACUUCGAGUUCCUGCUCGAGGAUAUCCGCGGCUUGAACUUAAACCCAUGGAAAAGCCCUACCUCCUGGUUUACACAGAAAGUCAUUGUAUCGCGGUUCACGACCAGCCUUGAGGAAGACGGCGAGAAAAUCUUGGAUCAGAAAUUUGCGUGUAUGGAUCGAAAUCCGGAAAUAUUGGAUAGUAUUACGAUUGAUGGAGAGCUGGUUUUGUUCCAGGACACGCUGAAGUGGAGGCGCGAUGGGAAGACCAAAUUAGAGGUCAGGUUUGAGAGUGAGGAGCAGAGGACUGAAGCUAUAGGGAAAUAUUUCGGUAUUGAUUUGGAUGAAGAGGAUCGGUUGGCUAUUCUUGGUACUGUUAGUGCUAUUAAGUGAUUAAUUCGUAAAUAUUUAAUAUGUUAUUCGCUGUGUUUGGCGACAAGGUAGCUUACGCCUACAGGCCCAUUCAAGCACGGCUCCAUGUACUAGUUCACACUUUUCUACAAUAUGCUUCUAGACAGGAAAGCUUUCCAGAAGUGUAGGAUCUCGUUAAUGC